ACUUUAAUAUAUUUCUAAUAAUCAAUAUCGUAAAAUAUAUAUUCUACAAACAGCUGCAUCAUUAAAAUAUCGUUAAUUUGAAAUAAUAUGUGUUUUAAUAUGUAACCACGUUUACGAUAUACGUAUGGCGUUAUAUCGCGUAACUCAUAUCGUUUGAUCAACCCUGUUCUCACACAUGUUUAAUUAAAUUGCAAAAACAAAAAUGAAAACUAAUUAAGAAGAAAGGCAAACAACAUAAAAAUUAAUUUCACUUCACAAAAAAUUGGGAAAAGUGCUUUUGGAUAAUAUCAAAAUGGAUACAUCUUAUAGCACACUUUAAUUAUCACAAUGUGCAUUUAAAAAAUAAAUAGUUUCAACUAAGUUCUUCAUUUGCAAUACAUAUCCCUUCAAAUAUUAUAGCAGCAAUAAAUCCUAAUUAAGUCAUUCUUCAGAACAAAAAAAAAAAACAAUUUUAAUAAACUGUUUAUAUAGAGAAUAUGACAAAUCAAGCAGAAAUCGAUUAUGAGAAACAAUUUCAGGAUGACUUAGCGAAAGCAACUGCUCUAAGUCUAGAACAACAAGCUCUUGACGAUUAUAGACGUUCAAAAAAAUAUGGCACAGCAGCUAAUACAUACUAUGAGAGAUCGCAGUCGACUCAAUCAGAUGCAAGCACUUAUUAUACCCAACUACGUAACCGUCACAUGAGCAGAAACAAUUCUAUGACACCACCACCUCUUGGUGCAUCAGUAUUACAAUCUCAGAGACGUCAUUCAGAAGUGAGUAAUGCUAAUAUAUUAGCUGGUAAUACAACUACAGCAAAAGAACGUUCCAAAACACCAUCAUCAUCGCUGCCAGAAAGUGACUUAAUUUCCUUUGCAAGUCCAACUUCAAAGAAGCCUGAAAAUGCUACAUUUGAAAAACUAAUAGAGGAUCUACAAAAAAUACAAACUUCAAACAGUCAAACAGCGCUUGUACCAUUGGGACCCACGGCAGCUGCACCAAUUUACCCAAGUUAUCGUACUGUGACACCAGCUGUGAUAUAUAGACCUCAACAGUACGUGCCUGGUCCCGGUGGUAUGCAGUUAGUGCCGUUCACUCCACCGACACAGCAAACUAAAGUUCCACUUACAAAUGAAGAACUGCAGAAACUUUACAAUAUGCCACAUCCACAAACGACUGCGUAUCCUCAUCAUAUAGGCUUCAUUCCACCGCAAGGAUUUUAUCAUUCAUCAGCAAAUUUUCAACAACAAAGUAUGACGCAAGGCGCAAUGUCUACGGCAUAUUUACAAGCCCAACAAGGAUAUCAGUACAACACUUUAUCAGGUUCAGCAGGAUCUACUAAUUAUAUUGCACCCAUGCAACCUUCAAAUAAUCUUAAUCAAGUCAACAAUUUAAAUGUAUCGAAUGCAUCAAAUCUGAACAUCCCAAAAAUUUCAAAGUCACAUUCCGCCUCAAGUGUGAGCGCCCCAAAUGGAACCGUCGAAAAUUUAAAUACGCAACGCAAUCAAACGCCACCGGCAAGAAAACCGCGCACUGCUGAUGAUCUGAUUGAUUUAAGUCAUGAAGAUGAUUCUCGCGUGAGUGUGCUUGAGGCAUUCGACCCAUUGCUAAACGAAGAGAAUGAAGGCAACGAUAAUGCGUCGGAUUGUACGUCCUACUAUUCAGAAUAUGAUCCAUUUGAUUACUUAUACAGUGCUGGUGGUACACAGUAUUCAGAUCCUGUUUAUGAGGCUGUCAACAAGUUGGAUAAAUCUGCUAUGAGUUCAAAUGUAUCAUCUAUAGGUUGGCGACAAGAAUAUAGAACAAAUUCUUCAUAUCAACUAGAUGAGAAACCUUCUGGUUCCCGUUCACCGCCACCACCACUACCGCCGCGUAACAGUAGUGGUAAUAUACAUAGUCAAAGUGAAUACUAUACAAAAGAAGGUAUCAUAUCUUCAGUGCCUCCUAGCAUUGUAUUGGAUAGACGAAAAACCUGUACGCGUCUAUACGAAAUGGUAACCGAUCAACGUACAGUUGAUCCAGAAUUGCUAGAAUUUUAUUUUAUGGUGAAGGAGUUACGUUCACGUUAUUUAUACGAUGAUGAGGUUACCAACGUGGGACAUAUAAUUGCAUCAGAAUUUAAUUAUCAUUAUCCUUUGGAAACUAGCAUCAAAAUAGUUGUACAUCCCAAUAUAAAUAUUUUGCAUCCAGAUGCUGAUGCAGCCAGUAGUUCCAAGGGGCAAGUGAAAGGUUACGGUGUACCAGUUGUUUUCACAUGUGAUAUUAAUACUGCUGUGGAAUUAGUUAUUGGUCAAGCUUUUUGUUCUUUGGAGGGUCAAAUAAAAGGCACUGUUAACGAUUAUGUUGUAAAGCCAAUAGGUGUAUCUGAAUGGCUUUCGCCAUCUUCCAAGUUAAGCCAACUGGAAUGUGUACACGAUAGUUUGAAACUAGAAAGAGAUGUCCAUUUAGGACUUUGUCUAAAAACCGAAGAGAAUAUGCAGGUUAUUGCUCGAACACAACGUGAUGACUUACGAGAUUCAGAUAUACGUCCAGAAGAUAUUUUGCCAAAUGAAAUGGCUUCUACCAUAUGUUACGAUGAUAUGAUGAUACUUAUAGAAACUCUCGAAACUGAAAUAGAUAAAUUAGAAUCAGCUGCGGGUGAUGUUAAUUCACGUACCAUACUAUCCUGUUCGGGUGUUGUACAAGGCGUUAAAGCCAUUUGUGCACUAUUAGGGUCAAUUGAUACGAUAGAAAUAGCUACUUGUGUAUCAGAACUGAAACAUAUAUGUGAUACCAAUCAAGUAAAAUAUGCCUCCGCAUCACAGACAAAUCCUGAAGUUGUGAGCGAUUAUGGAGAUUAUGCCGAAGUAUCAUUGCGACCACGUUCCACACUCGAACAGGUCAAACUUAAAUGUAACCAAUUACGUGAUGCUGUGCAAGAACUCAUAGAAUUGUAUUCAAAUGUGUUCCGUGUUGGUUUUUCAGUGAAAUCUAUUGAUUACUCUAUAACUCCUAUACCUAUAUCUUGUGUUAUAAAACCAAUUGUUGUUAGCAUAAAUUGUUUACAUCGUCCACCACCCAACUGGAAAUAUGAUGACUACUCUCUCGGUGUACAAAUCAAUUAUGGCACGCGCUUUAUUUCAGACCCAGUAGUAACAAAAUGUACAAACAAUACUACCGGAGGUCUGUUUCCGCGAUUAAAUUUUUCAUCCUGGAUCACUUUUGAAAAGAAUCCAAUAUGCACUCUGCCACGAGAAUCUCGACUUAUAUUCGUUCUGUAUGGCACACAAACUACUGAAAACGAACAAAAUAAUGACGCAAAUGGUGAAAGACGGCAAAUUACGACUGAGCUUGGUUGGUGUGCAAUACAACUUUUUGAUCACAAAAGUGAAAUGAUAUGCGGUUCCUACUUAUUGUCCGUGUGGCCUGCAACAACUGAUAAAUUUUUAGGUCCAGCGCCAGCACGUGGUUGUCAUCCCUUGCCCGAUAUUUGCCCAGUAUUAAGUAUAGAAGUACCACCAUACGGAGGACGAAUACAAUUUCCAAAACCCCUGGAAGAUCCACCAACGGCUCCUCGGUAUGACUUUAAUUCGUUGGAUACGAAUUUACAACAAGAACUUUUAGAUACAGCAGAACAAGGAUACCCCGGAGCAACUGAGAAACGUGAGGUGUUUUGGGAAAAAAGGUUUUACCUACAAAAGUUCCCAAAUGCGUUGCCAAAAGUAUUACAUGCCGCGCACAGUUGGGACUAUGCUAGUCUUAUGGAUUUACAUUCAUUGCUUAAUUCUUGGAUACCACUAGCUCCACUUCAAGCCUUAGAAUUACUAUUACCACGUUAUCCAGAUGCUAAAGUACGUGAAAAGGCUGUAGAAUGGAUUUCGUAUUUGCCGAACGAUCAGCUUGUGGACUACUUACCACAACUACUGCAAGCACUGAAACAUGACACUUAUGAAGCAUCUUCUAUGUGUCGAUUCUUGCUGUGCAAGUGUUUAGAGUCACCGCGUAUUGCUCAUCAUAUGUACUGGCUGCUCGUGCAUAGUUUGCCAGGCGAUGACCCGCAAAACUCAAUUGAUGCUUCCUCGGUGGCGAAUGAACUUGAUGAUUCCCUCAUUACACAAGCGCGCUACUAUCGGCGUAAUAAAAUGAUGCUGCGCGCUUUGUUAGCUAUUUGUGGAGAAAAACUAUUGUCGAGAUUUUUGAGACAAAACAUGAUGUGCAAGACUUUGGCAAAAGUGGCGGAAAAUGUUAAAGAAGCUAAAGAGUCAGUACGUCAGAAAACGCUUUGCUUAGGAAUGGAUAUAGUUCACCAGGACUUAAUCGAUAAACCGACGUCAUUACCACUUGGUCCAGAGCUAGAAGUUACUGGCGUAAAUGUGCGUAGUUGCAGCUAUUUUAACUCGAACACUCUGCCACUGAAAAUUUCUUAUGUCGGUCCCGAUACAGAAAUCUUACCAGCUAUAUUCAAAUCUGGAGAUGAUUUGCAACAGGAUAUGUUAACUAUUCAACUUAUUCGUGUUAUGAAUAAGAUGUGGUUAGCUGAAGGUUUAGAUUUAAAAAUUGUGACUUUUAACUGCGUACCAACAGGAUAUAAGAAAGGUAUGAUUGAAAUGGUCUCUGAGGCGGAAACUUUAAGGAAAAUACAGGUCGAAUAUGGGUUAACGGGUUCAUUUAAAGACCGCCCAAUCGCAGAAUGGUUAGCGAAACAAAACCCAAGUCAAUUGGAAUAUCAGCGAGCAGUUAAAAACUUUACUGUUUCCUGCGCUGGUUAUAGCGUUGCUACAUAUAUACUUGGCAUUUGCGAUCGUCACAAUGAUAAUAUUAUGUUGAAAACUUCAGGUCAUCUGUUUCAUAUAGAUUUUGGAAAGUUUUUAGGAGAUGCUCAGAUGUUUGGCAAUUUUAAAAGAGAUCGUACACCAUUUGUGCUCACAUCUGAUAUGGCUUAUGUUAUUAAUGGUGGUGAUAAGCCAUCAACAGAUUUUCAUUACUUUGUCGACUUAUGUUGCCGCGCCUUUAAUAUCAUACGGAAGCAUGGUGAUCUUUUAUUGCAUAUGCUAGCUUUAAUGGCAACUGCUGGUAUACCUGGAGUAACUGCUGAUGCUGUUACAUAUGUGCGCCGUGCAUUGCUGCCAUCGCAAUCCAAUCCCGAAGCAGCCGCAUCCUUUGCAAAAAUGAUACAAUUUUCACUCAAAAGUUGGUUUACGCAAUUCAAUUUCUUUUUGCAUAACUUGGCUCAGAUGAGAUUUACAAAUGAUGAAGGCAGUGGUGAACUGUUAUCGUUUGUGCCUAGAAAAUAUACAAUUCAACAGGAUGGUCGGUUAAAAAGUGUUAUGGUUGUACGAUGCCAAAAACACUACGAUAUGGAAAAAUAUUACACGUAUAUUCUACGAGUGACACGUCAUGGACAAACUGAUCCUACACAUUUAUUCAGGUCAUAUAAAGAGUUUACUGAAUUCCAUCAGAAAUUAUGCUUGCACUUUCCACUGGCAAAAUUGCACAGCUUACCUACUGGUAUGCACGUUGGUAGGUCUAACGUCAAAUCCGUAGCUGAACGACGUCUACCUGAAAUCCAACGUUUUCUGAUUUCACUCUUCAAUUCAGCGGAUGAAAUUGCACAUUCAGAUUUGGUAUAUACAUUCUUCCAUCCUUUAUUGCGGGACCAACAAGAGGCUAAAUUAGAAGUUUCCAAAGUGAGAGAAGUCAAGCAGCAAGCAUCACGCGAAGAUCCCAAUCAAAUUUGUCAACUUAAAAUCUCAUUGCAAUAUCGACGUGAUGUUUUUACUGUUAUGAUUCAUCAUGCAAAAGGGUUACCUAUGUUACAGGGUAAUCAGGAGCCAAAUACCUAUGUUAAGUGUUACCUUAAACCUGAUCCUACUAAGGCUACCAAACGAAAAACAAAGGUUGUUCGAAAGACUUGUGUUCCCAGUUUUAUGGAAACUUUGGAAUAUCGUAUGCCUCUGACCUAUAUAAAAAAUCGUAUACUACACGUAACAGUAUGGUCUCAUGAUACUCUGCAGGAGAACGAACUGUUGGGUGGCUUUCAAAUUGACUUAAGUAAAUAUGAUCUGAAUAAAGAGUUGAUCGAUUGGUUCCGUUUGGGUCCAAUGCCUCGAAAUUAAUGUGAUUUACAACUAUAAAUGCUUAAGUGUAAUUUAAUUAACAUAUAUUGCUAAGCUUAGAUAACAAUAGCAGUAUUCACACAUCUCUGAAAUUAGAAAACUAAUGUCACAUAUACUCAUAUCGCAAUCAGAAAAAUGCAUAUAACAAUCAUCAUAUACCACACACAUAUAUACACUAAACGCGUAAGAUUCUCUGUAAUUAAAUAUACUUAAACAUGUGAUUACUCAUUCCAAAUCAAUACUAAAUUAAAAGCAAACUAUUCUAACGAAACUAAAUAUAUUUUUACAUAUUUUAUAUAACGCAUAAAUGUGCUUUUAUAAAAUAAAACUCUUUAUAUGUAACGGCAGUACUUUUGCAGAACUCUAUUGCACAAAUAUUAUCUAAAAUCUAAAAUCUAUUAUCAAUUGAUAUUGCA